AUGUUGGCGCUUGUGGCUCAUGUGUGUCUGAUCCUGCUUCUCUGCUUCCGCAAAUGGCGGGCCUCGCGAGUCCAGAGAUGGGUACGUGAGCAGUUAGAUGUGGCCAGUUUCCACUACGCCCCGGACCUGCAAGUUGAUCUGCAAAAACGCCUCCAUCUGCGCGCCACGGAAAACCAUCGUCUGAAAGUGGCGUUCGGCAUCGAUAAUUCCCUGACAACCACCUCUGUCUCAGUCCACCAAACCUUCCUCAAGACAGCCUCUCGGGUGUUGAAUAAGAGGGGGCGCAAUUGGGAGGAGCUCUACGGCAUCGCCAAAACCUUCCUCGAGGCCGAAGUCGAAAGGGCCGUGAACCAAAGUCUGCCUCUUGCCGAAUCCGUCCGCUGUAUGGUCCUCACUGUGGCCCUCUUCGACAGCUUCGGCAUCGAUGCGGCCACCGUCCUCCGGUCCGACCUGACCACCAUCACCGCCGAGAUCAACAAGCAGUGGCUACGCUCCAAGAGCCACCCCACCGACGUCACGCCAUCCGAGAUCCUCAACUCGGCCAUCGCCUCGCUGAACAUCACCUCCUCAACCCAGGGCUCCGAACAGACCGCGCUAUCCCCGGCCGAGGUCCUCGGCCUCCUCAUGCCGCAGUACGAAACUCUCUGGCGCGUGGUUCUGCUGACCUUCGUCACAGCCUACCACCAUCAGCCCGCCGCCUACCCGGACGCCGCCCAGCGAACAGCCGACGUGCCUAGCUGCCUAGGCGACCCAGCCCGCGAGAAGGAGGCCCUCAAGCUCGCCAAGGAAGGCCUGCGCCUCUACCCCUCCAACAAACACCUCUACCGCGCCGCCGUGCCCACCACCCCAACCUCUUCCACCGCCACCAUCACCACCCUCAACACAUCCUCCUCGACCACCACAUCUCCCACAUCCUCCACAUCCUCCCCAACCACCACCCACGCCCCUCUCCCCGUCGCAGCGGACAUCUCCACCCUGCACCGCCACCCCCAAAUCUGGGGACGCGACACAGGGCUAUUCCAACCAGCGCGCUUCAACACCGACACACUGACACCAGCACAGCGCGAGGCAUAUGUGCCGUUCUCGGUCAAGCCGCACAAGUGCCCGGCGGCGGGCGGGGCGUUUGGCGAGAGGAUGGUUGUGGUGUUGGUGGUGGCGCUGGGGCGGGUUGGUGGGAGUGGGAGUGGGAGUGGGAGUGGUGGGAGUGGGAGUGGGAGUGGUGAUGGGGUCAAGAGGGUGGACAACUUUGUUAAGUGGUACUCGGCAAUGCCCGCAGCAAACGAGCCUGCAUCAUCUGCAUGUGCCCAGUGGCCCCCGGUUCGAAAACGAAAACGAACGCCGAUCGCAGAACAUGUUGCGAAUUCGCGACUCCGGAUUGGCUUGAGGCAGCCCCACGUGCAUUCGCCCAUGUCACUCUUCCAUGGCACGACAGCAACGCCGGCGGCCGCGGAACUACCUCAGUUCUCGGCCAUGUUGCACCGUUUGAGUCUCGGCGCCCUGGUCGCCGCCUUGAUCGUCGAGGCCUCGUUCGAGAGGAACCUCGCUUACAGCAGUCCCUCGCGGCGCCAUCCGAGCCUAGCCGUUCCUCUCUCUCAUGUAUCCAAGCGGCAAACCGGUGAUGUUUACACAGCGGCAGAAGUGAACUUCACCCAUGGCGUUGCAUCCGGUGACCCCUAUGCGGACUCGGUCAUCUUGUGGACGCGCCUGUCCCCGACGACUGAGAGUGUCGCCUCGGAUCUAGUACCCGACGGUGUGGUCCCGAUCUAUGAUGACUCGGAGGGUGCUCAGCCGUCUACCAAGGCCGCCUGUGUUGAGUUCAAGAUUGUCACGGACCUGCCUCUCGCCAAUGUUGUUGACCAGGGAAGAGCUUUCACGAGCAGUGAUGUGGACUACACGGUGAAGGUCAGCCCGCUCGGCCGGACCAAGACCAUCCCCGCCAAGACCCAGAAGGUCGAUAGGAAUAUCAACCUGGCCGUUUACUCCUGCAGCAACUACCCUGAGGGCUACUUCAACGCCUACGCCAACCCGGUGCACAAAGACUCCGUCGACUAUGUUCUACAUCUCGGGGACUACAUCUACGAGUACCGACCGGACUCGUCCCUCGAAGACCGUAACCCGCAGCCGGACCGCGAGAUCUACACGCUGUUCGACUACCGGACGCGGCUGGGGUCGUACCGCACCGACGCGGACCUGCUCGCGUCGCACGCCAAGUUCGCCUGGAUCCCCGUGUGGGACGACCACGAGGUGGCCAACAACGCGUGGCGCAACGGCUCCAGCAACUCGGACGGCGCCGUCUUCCGCGCCCGCAAGCAGGCCGCCGUCCGCGCCUACUUUGAGUGGAUGCCCCUCCGCCAGGCCGACAUGGACGACAGCCUGCGCAUCUGGCGCAGCUUCUCGCUCGGCACCCUGUUGGACUUGGUCAUGCUCGACACCCGCCAGUACGACCGCGACCUGACCGUGCUGAACGGCCUGGCGGGCAUCGGCGGGAACAGCCAGGAGGUGGAGAAGCUGGUGGAUCUGCAGAACAGGACCAUCAUGGGCUUCAAGCAGGAGGAGUGGUUCUACGACCAGCUGACGCAGUCCUCGGAACGGGGCGCCGCGUGGCGCGUCGUCGGGAACCAGGUCAUCUUCAGCAGGAUGACGCUGGGCAUUCUGGGGGACCAGCCGUUCAACCGCGACCAGUGGGACGGCUAUCUCGCCAACCGGGACAGGGUGUACCAGCACCUGGCGGACGGCAAGAUCAACAACACGGUGAUGCUGUCGGGCGACUCGCAUGCCGCGUGGGUGUCGGACCUGGCCUGGCUCGGGAAGCGGGACUACGACGAGACGACCGGCGAGGGUGCGUUCGGCGUCGAGCUGGCGGGCACCGCCGUGUCGAGCUCCAGCCCGAUAGGCGCCCUGCCCAAACUCCUGGCGAACCCGCUCUCCCAGUGGCUUGUUAGCAAGAAUCCCGAGCUGCAGUGGCAGGACUUGUUUUACCGUGGGUAUUUUGAGAUGAGCAUCGGGUACGAGGCUAUUGAGGCCAACUUUUACGGCAUCCCGGAUGUCAAGGUCAAGAGCGACGACGAGAUCCUGCUGGCGACGUUUCUGAUCAACAACGGAGAAAACAAGCUGGCGAGGAACCCGACGGUGGGAGGUGGGCGGGCGAAAGGGGGCGCGCUGAAGAACGGAAAGGUGGACUAA